CCACACGAUGGGGGCGUGGUCAUCGUGCUGCACCUGCGCGCGCGCCAGGUAAAUGAGUGACACGCUGGGCUUCAACGCUUUCUUCUAAACAAAAGCGGUCCGGAAGUGAUAAAGGGAAAACGGCAUAGGCCUGAGAUGGACCGUUACAGGUAUUUCAUCUUCAAUCAGAAGAGUGUGGUGGUCCUCGGCAUCCUUCAGGUGGCGUGCGCGGGGCUUUGCGUGGUUUGCGGUUUUAUAGAUGCAGUCUUUCGCAAAAGCACUACUCUGAGUGAAACUAGAGCUCCACUCUGGGCUGGACUGAUUAUGGCUGCACCGGGUGUACUUGCCCUUUUUGCAUCCCAGAAGAAAAACCCAAUUCUGGUAAACACCAUGAUCAUCUCCUCUGUGAUGUCGCUUUUUGCUGAUGUGAUCGUCUUUGUUUAUGCUUGCGUCACUCUCAGCUAUGGAGAGGAGGAUGAUGAGAUCUUCCAUGCCCAUCCUAUCCCUGAAGUGAGAUUUGUCCUCAGCCGGAUGGUAAAAGGCGCAAACGGCACCCUUCUGGUGGCCUGCAUGGGGUCUCUGCUCUUUUCUUCUCUGAUUGCAUACGUUGGCUGUCGCAGUCUGCCGCUUUGUGGCUGCUAUGAUUCUGCAAAUGGCAUGGAGUUUCUAGUUCCUCAGAAUGAUCCUGUUACUCCCACUGAACUCGUAUGCACUUGGCAAGAUGGAGAAGAGCGAAUCUUUAACUCCCCUGUGUCAUUCAUGGAACACUGUCCUGAGCAGGAGCAGCAAGACCUCGCCACGCUUCCACCGUAUAGCAGACUUGCUUAGUAAUUAAUGCUUUUUUAAAUGUAUCUGACUGGGCAAAAUAUCAAAUAAUGAGAGAUUUAAUUUAUUAAUUUGCCCCAGAAUGUGUAAAAUGUCCAAAUUUCAUCAAGCUUGCUUGUUUCAGUUCUACUUAAAUGUGUUUCUUGAUGUUUGUUAUUAUCAGUGCCAUGUCAAUUUUAUGUUUUUUUUUUUUUUUUCUAAAAGCAUGUGCCUUUGCUUUAUACAUUUUACAUGAUUUUACAAACUGAUAUUUUUGUAUACAUCAACCUGUAUAUAUUUUACAAUAAACAAUUAUUACAAAUUUAAAAA